CCUGGAACUCGGUCGUCAGCGGCGGCGCAUUAAUGCCCAAAGCGCACAGCGAUGCGGCUCUGAAAAAGGGGUCAAAUAAUAACAAAAUAUCCGCAAAGUCAGUGUAACCGCGUUCCGUAACAGACCGGAAGCGUUUUCCCAGGCUUUGUGUUCUUCUAUGAGGAUGAAAUAAGAUUCUUUUUGUAUGAAUAAGAAGCACUUUUUUUUAGGAUCCUGGUUUUCCGUCAACGACGAGACGCCACCCGACAUCCGCGUUUUUACUCCACAGCGGGAUAUUAAAGGAUGACCGUCUGAUCGUGUGCUUGCUUUCCUUUUGUACGGCUUUACCUCGCCUUUUUUCUCCUCCAUAAGGCCUGUCUUUAUAAAAGAGGGGCUCGAUAUGGUGGACUCUAAUGCGAUGAGGAAGACUUUUGUGGUCCCGGACGUGAAACCUUUGGAUCAGUACGACAUCAACCGAGCCAAGAUCUGCGCCAGUGUGGGCUGGGUGCUGUCCAAAUCCUACAGCAAUGCAGACAACAUUCCAGCGGAGCUGCGAGACCCCUUUUAUCUGGACCAGUACGAGCAGGAGCACCUGAAACCCCCUGUGACACGGCUGCUUCAGUCUCCGGAGCUCUACUCCCGAACCUAUGGCCUGCUGCUAGCCGGUGGCCCCGGGGCCGACGGGACUCCUAAAGACAACACUGUCCUCUUACAGACCCUCAGCCAAAAGGCCUUAACUCCCAAAGACCAGAACACCCCAGUGACGGAAGCAGACCUCCGGCACAAGCCUAUCAAAAUGAGCGCCCACUUAGCAGUGAUGGACGCUUUAAUGGCGGUGGGAGCCAUGGAGACGGUGAAGGUGAGCGCAGGAGUGGAGAGACUCGGGGGAGAAGAAGACUGGGAGAGAACACUGCUGCACUGGGUCAACACGUUAAACGAGAAGCUGAAGGAGCGCACAGAGACUGACCAAACCCAGCAGAGCUCCGAGCCACAGCCUGUUCAGGCCUCGUGUCCCACUCGCUGGUACUGGAAACUUGUUCCUCUCCGGUACAGGAAGGAAAAGCUGCUGUCUAAGUUCAAGCCCUGUUUUCCUGUCGUGAAUGAAGUGAAGGAUCUCUCUAAUGGCUGUGCCAUCGCUGCUGUCAUACACUACUACUGUCCUGGCCUGCUGCGCUUAGAAGAUAUUUGUAUGAAGGAAUCCAUGUCUUUGGCUGACAGUCUUUAUAAUCUGCAACUUAUUCGUGAGUUCUGUGAAAGUUGUCUUAAGAGCUGCUGCCCCCUGGUGUUGGAAGACAUGCUGUACAGCCCACCUGAGUUACAGGUGAAUAUGCUGAGCUUUCUAGCAGAGCUGUUGUAUUGGUUUGAGGUGUCAAAGCCUGAGUUUGUUCAGCCUCUGAGUGCCACAGAGCUCACAGAGUCCUCUGGAAGUACAGAAAAUGGCAGCAGCGGGUCAGGCAGCAGCUCUCCCUCCUUAUUUAAAAGGCCUUUCUUGCCAAUAUCCCCUGCCACUCCGAUUCCAGGAUCACUGACUCAGUCUACCUCAAUGUCUCAUGUAGAGGCAACUGGGCGAUCGUGGACUAAAAACCCACUCAGUCGUCCCUUGUCCUCAGCUGUGUCCUUCAGUAUACCCUUUGGUCUGGACAGUGAUGUGGACGUAGUGAUGGGUAACCCAGUUAUCAUGCGCUCGGUCAGCUCGGACAACCUAAAUCCUGCAGGACAGCCUGUGAAACGUGUUCAUCCCACCCCUGUGGAGGACAUCAGCAGGUCUCCAGGACCUAACGGCCCCCAGCGUGCCUCUUGGGCCUCUCGUAGUCCUGCGGUGCCACUGUUAGCCGAGGAGAACGGACUUGAUGAUGGUGAUGCGGCUGGGUUGCCUACCAUCGAGGAAGCCUUGCAAAUCAUUCACAAUGAGGAAAAAAUGGAGCCUCGUUUACAUCCAGACGGUGCACCUGAUGGAUUCUAUUUGCACUCACCAGAUGACCCAGCCAGCCGUAGACAUAACGGUAUCAGUGGUUCUGCUCCUUCUGGUGCGGGAAUGCAGUACAAACCGACUGGAACCGCAAGCCGCACCAGACGUACAUCCGACGGCUCAAGGGAUGACGACUCAGUACUCAGAGAUGGCAGCGUGGAUUCUGAUGCCUCUGAGGAUUUUCCAAAAACUCAAUCCACCCCCGCCACGCCCGCAGCAGGUACCCGGGUAGGUAAUUCAUCUGGGCAAGAUACCCCAGACAGCGGUGUGAAGAUGACUACCUUUGCUGAUCGUAAAAAGAAACUCGUACAGGAGCAGCCGACUCCCACCGAGGAGCCACAGAUGACCAACUGGGUGGCAAAAAAGACACAAGAGAGUCCCAGCAAAAGUCCAGCCCUCAACAGUGAAAUGUCAGAGCUUGGGGCGAGACUGGAGGAGAAGCGCAAGGCCAUCGAAGCUCAGAAAAGACGUAUUGAGGCAAUUUUUGCCAAGCAUAGACAGAGGCUGGGCAAGAGCGCCUUCUUGCAGCUAAAGAAAGAGCAGGAUGACGGUGAUGCCAAGGAAGAAGGUGCUGAGGUGGACAUUAAAUCUUCUACAGGAGAAGACCUAAGACGCAUGUCACUGGAUGAGAGAUUAGCACGCAUGGAAAAUGAAGAAGAAUCUGAUCCCAAGCAGGAGAAAGAGCAGCCCCCGGAUGACGUGAAAGUACAACCUUCUGCACAGCAGGCCUCUAAAGACAGGACAGUGGGUGAGAAGACCAGUGUUCCAUUAGGGGAUUAUAACAACGCAGUGUCCAAACUGAACGCGGCCCUGAGCUCUUUGCAGAGUGAUAUGCAGCGCUUGUCUGAUCAACAGAACAAGCUGUUAAUGAAGAAAAUAUCCCCUGCCAAACAAGCAUGGGUCAUUGCACCCAGCUCAAAGAGCUCCAAUGCAGCAACACCUUCACGCCUGUCCAGGGAGUCAACCCGAGACCUCAUACCCAACUCUGCCUCCUCAUCACCUUCGCCAUCUCGCAGAAUCAGUGGUCAAGUAAUUCCCCCCAAAUCACCUGGCUCCCACCGCCGGGCUCAAUCUGUACCUCCAAAAAGCCCCAAAAAUCAGCACUACUCAAGAUCCACAGAUCCAAAGACACCUGCCAUCACCCGGGUCAUCACGGCCCCACACAAUGUAGACAAUAUGCCUCAUCGACGGAAAGUAUCCCCUUGGCAAUGCAGAGACCAGACUUCAUCUUCCUUUAGCAUCGGCUCACCGGUACCACAGAGCGACUCCCGUCCUCCAUCCCGGCCGCUCAGCGAGGAUCCCAGUGACGACCAGACUGUCUUUAGCCUGGAACUAGAAGGAGGUCCCAACUAUUUUCCCGGCAGGAAGGAACAGCAAGGAGGCAGCUCUGGUGCUCCAUCCGAGUGCUCCUUUGAAAGCGACAUCCCAGCAUCAGCCUUUACUCGCAAACACAGCAAUCUGAUCGAGAUCCCGCUCUCCUCUCUGAGUGGGCUGGAGGGAGAGGAUGCCGAACAUGGCACCGAUGCUGCCUCAGACUCCAUGAGCGACCACACGGAGCCGGAGUUAAAGGGGGUUGUCGGCUUUUUCUUUAAGCAGGAUGAAACUCGACCAGAGGACGAGAUGGCUCAGAGAAGAGCUGCACUGCUGGAAAAGCAGCAAAAGAGAGCCGAGGAAAUAAAGAAGAAGAGACAGGAGCAGGAACGAGAGAAGGAGGCCAGCAGACGCAAUUCCAUGGAUGAGCUGGAGCCACCCCGGACACCCUGCACUCCUCCUCCAUCUCGCACUCCUCCCCCAGCACAAACUCCUGAUGGUACUCAGCAUCGACGCGGAAACUUUACCCGGCAAGAGUACGAACGCCGCCAUCAGCUUAAGAUCAUGGAAGAUCUGGACAAGGUGCUGCGCCAGAAACCCACCACUGUCCGUGGUGUCAAGAAACAGAGGCCCAAGACCGUGUUCCGUGAUGAUUCUGACCUCUCCCGUAGCCCAGCUAAAGGGUUGCUAGGUUCUAGACUCAAUAAAGUGUAUUCUCAGUCCACUAUGAACCUGUCCUCUAUGGCCAACGAUAGUGGGACGCUUACCAUCAGGAAAUCCCCAAGUCGCUCUCACUCUCCGUCAAGACUGAUGUCUCCGGGCCGCAAGGCCACACAGAAUGGUGAUAAGGACUGGGAGAAUGCAUCUACCCUUUCUUCCCCAGCAUCCAUCCCUGAGUACACUGGGCCAAAACUGUAUAAAGAGCCAAGCUUCAAAUCCAACAAGUUUAUUAUCCACAACGCUAUCUCACACUGCUGCUUGGCAGGCAAGGUCAACGAACCGCAGAAAAACAAAAUCACUGAGGAAAUGGAGAAAAGCACUGCCAACCACUUCCUCAUCCUCUUCCGGGAUUCCAGCUGCCAAUUCCGGGCGGUUUACACCAUGAACCCGGAGACAGAGGAACUGUCGCGUUUGACUGGCAUCGGCCCGCGGGUCAUCAACCUCUCCAUGGUCGAGUCCAUCUACAAAUACAGCUCAGACCGCAAGCAGUUCUCUGUCAUCCCGUCCAAAACCAUGUCUAUGAGCGUGGACGCUUUCACCAUCCCUAACCAACUGUGGCAGUCCAAGCGGCCCGGGACGCCAAAAAAACUUGGGACGCCAAAGUGAAGCUGACAGAGUUAUCGGAUGCGACCUAAACCUGAUCUCCUCCCUCCUGUAGUAACUGAACGGUUCAGAUUCGGAGCUGGCGUGGCUCCAAGACGGAGGAAGGGAGGGAGGGAGGGAGGGAGGGAGGGAGGGAGCGUUAAAGUGGUGUGGCAGUCAUGAAAAAAGAACACACCGUCCUCGGAGACUUAUUAGCGACCCUUGCAGAACACCUUGGUGUGUAUUUGCUCUAGAUUUAAAAAUCAAAGAAGGAAGAAUGCCAUUAUUUUUUUUCCUCCCAAGCCGUCACAACACCGACAUCUGGGCCGACUGGGAUAUCGGUUACAAACCCCCCCCACCCCCCCCUGUACAUGUGUAUUUUUCAUUCUGAAGCUGUAGAUGAAGUGACCCUCUUCCGUUCCAUCCCUUUAGUCUGUUCUUAUUCUGUCAUGUCAGAUCACCGGUGCAGGAUGAAGCACUGACAUUAACACUAAACUCGCUGCUUUACAGAAUGACACCAGAGCAUCGGCUCUGCCUCCUCUUUUAUAGACCUUUUCCUUGUUUUUGCUUCCGGUCUUGCUCUAAUCACAAAACGGAUAUAAACCUAGACAAUGAAUGUAGGGCACAAGCCAGCCAAGGGCUUCUGAUUUUGUCUUUCAUCAUGUAGGAUUGGGAUUUUUUUUAAAUCUUCCAUGAUUUACGGUAUGUUUCUGUUCUCGUGCCUCUUGCUAACGGUCUAAAAUGUACAGUAUGUGCCUCUCGCUCACACACUCACUCGCCUCUGCCUAGCCCUUACUCUUACUUACAGUACACGUCCGGAUGGUCGUUUUCAAUCUUUCUUUCCUUUCUUUCUUUUUUUUUUAAUAAUCUCUUCUUCGUUUGCUUGAUUUCAGUAUAUCUGAGUAGACCAUCACAGGCCUCAGGUGAGCUUCAUUUCUACUCCGGUUUACUAAGAGCAAACAACCUAUAAAAAGUUGUGCUUUUACAUUAAUAAGAAGGUAUUUCUACUCUACACGGCUGUAAUAAAAAAAAAGAGAGAGAGAGAGAAUCGGUGAUCAUGUGAUGUAUAUUACGAAUGCUGUUAAUCGAUUUUUUUUCCAUGCUGACAAUGAUUUGUAUAUGGAGAAGAGAACAUUUGUAAGAUAUGAAUAAGCUGCUGUGUGGCUUCAGCGUUAGCAGUUCUGUGUGUGUGUGUGUGUGUGUGUGUGUGUGUGUGUGUGUGUGUGUGUGUGUGUGUGUGAGAGGGAAAGAGAGUAAAAGAAUGAGUGGAAUGCUAACAGUGGGGGGAUUAAAAAAAAAUAAAGAUUGAAAAUCUGCAGAAAUGUGAUUUCUCUUAUUUAAAGAUGAACCAUACAUCUGUAAGUGAACAUUGAGCAGGCAACUAUAGAUACUAUUAUUAUUAUUAUUAUUAUUAUUAUUAUUAUUAUUAUUAUUAUUAUUAUUAUAUUGAGGCCAGUGUCUCAAAUUCGACAGUGAUAUCGAGAACGAGCUCAAAUCAGUAUAUGUUGGCUUUAUUCAUGCCGGACACGGUGCGAGUGGCCCACGUUUCUUUAGCCACCAGGCACGUGGAUCCUGAUCUGAGCACCAGAACAAGUCUACUGCCUCCCGUGUGUCGGCUAUUCGCAGAUCUUAAGUGAAGAUGUGAAGAGUUUUGUAUAGAGAAGCAUUGUGAAGGUGUUGAAUAAGUGUAUAAUUAUGUGAAGCGAAUGGUGUUUGUGUGUGUGUGUGUGUGUGUGUGUGUGUGUGUGUGUGUGUGUGUGUGUGUGUGUGUGUGUGUGUGUGUGUGUGAGAGAGAGAGAGAGAGAGCAUGAUAUAGUGAUAAAACUGGAGUCAGUGCAAUUUUUCCUGUAGAAUGUUAUCUUGGCUAAGGUUUAUUUAUUAGGGACUAGCUGGAAUUAUUAUUUUUUUUAUUUUGUUUCAGAUUUUAUUAUUUAUGUUUAUUUCGUACUUUAAAAGCACGUUGUCCAUCUUCUUUUGUCAUGUCACCGUGUUUGUAAGUCCGAUCGUUCUGUUGUCCUGCCUGAUUUGCCAUCGUUACAGAUCCGUCAGCUGGUGCGACUGGAUCUGCUCAAUAAAAUCAUUUUUAAAUGA